UCUCUCUCUAUAUAUAUAUAUAUAUAUAUAUACUAUUUUUUUUCAAUCUUCUUACGUACUUGUAAACAAGAAGAUGCAGUGCCUCUCCUUCAACUUCAAGUCAUCGCCCUCGAGCCCCUCCGCAGCACAUCCCACCUCACCUCAAACUCAAACUCAAUCAAUCGGUUACAAUUCUUGUCCCCCACUUUCCCAAGGGAAUUCCACUGACGGAACGCCCAGAUCCAGCGCCACUCAGCUCUCCCCCACCUUCAAUCUCACUCGCGAAUACACUCUCGCUGUGCAGACCAAUUCUUGCAUUGGGAUACGCUCCAGGAUUGAAGAGCUACUGCAAGUUGAGAAUGUGAUUGAAAACGGGGAUAUGGAUAACCACCAGCUUUGCUCGUCGCAGGUGCUGCAACCCAACAGAGAUUGCGUCCGCCAAGCUCUUAGCCACUCCAAUCCCAAAGCUACCCUUACUCGCUUGGUUUCUACCUACUUUGAUCACAGCGAAAAUAUCACCACUCUCUGCCUCUCGCUCUUCCAAUGCCUACGUCGUGCUCGUGCCCUCUAUGCUCCUAUUAAUGACCUUCUUCAAGAGUUUCCAUAUGACCUAAAUUCCAUCAAUCAGUCGCAGUGUAACUGGGCGUUCGAUGUUUUUAGCCAAUUUGAUAGUCUUGAAAAUCCUUUUCCUUGUCCUGAUUCCCAUAACUUCAACGAAUUGCGCCGCAGUUUCUCCCAGCUCAAGGAGCAGCUUGAUCACCGCCUCUUCAAAUCCCUUUCUAGAGAUCGCUUCCUGCACCGUGCAACUACUGGUUCUGCCAUUUGCCUAAUCGGCACUGUUGUUGGAGUUGUUGUUUCAGCCGUGGUUAUCUCCACUCAUGCCCUUGCUGCCAUUGUAGGCCUUGUCGCUACCCCACUUUGUCCCGUUUAUGUUCCAAGUUAUCUCAAGAGGAAACAGCUUGGUCAUAUGGCUCAACUUAAAGCUGCUGUAAUGGGAACUUUUGCCCAUAAAGAAGAUCUUGACACCAUUGUUUGCCUUGUUGACUGGUUGUAUAGUGCAGUUGAGGGAGACAUGCAGCUUAUACGAUUUGGAUUGGAGAGGGGUAGGGAAAUAUUCCCCAUCCAUGAAGUCGUGAAACAUCUUCGCAAUAACCACAUCAAGUUUUUUGACCGUCUCGAAGAACUUGAGCAACAGAUGUGCCUAUGCUUUAGUGCUGUCAAUGAAUACAGAGCUAAGCUCCUCGACCAGGUCCAUCUUAAUCAAUCUUCUAAUUCAUGAUCGAUUGGUAGCCUUUUUUUACUCUCCCUGUCAAUGUGUAUAGCCAUACACUCAAUAUAACAUGCUUUGACUAUUGCCACUGGCCCUGCAUUUUAACUUUGGGCUGUUAAAGCAAAAAAAAACUUAGGGCAUUAUGAUUGUAUAUGCACUUUUCAAAUGGAUGAUUCUUGACUUCUUGUUAAAAGCCUUUGUUUGUUGGAUUGAUUUUUGUGGGAAGAAAAAGUCCUUCGUACUUCAACCAUGUACUUCUUUCCCUUAAUUUACAUGUUCUUGGAAAUUGAUUUAGCUUUUCUAACAAUGAGAUGAUGUUUUGUUGUUGAUCAUUUGCAACUUUCUGGCAAUGUCCUGGAUUGUGUCAGACAUCAUUGUUAUACGUUGAUAUAAGUAUUUAGCAAAGCCUUUCCUUCCUUUAGUUUACAAUUCAUUGUACAAUUAUGAUAUCAUAUGUGUUUAAAUGUUACAAGCUUCUAUGUUUCCCAUUAACCAGCUUAAUGGGAUAAUAUACAGAAACAUUAUAGACUUUGACCUUUUGUUUCUGCACAUUCACUGACCGUAAUAAUGUUCAUUAUCCAUACUGUAAGUACUUUUGGAGCCCUUGUCUUUUAGCGAACUUUUCUAAUCUACUGACAAAAGGAUCAGCACUGCCGCAUUUCUAUGAUGUAACCGUUCAUCAGCACCAA